AUGAUGAAUAAACGUUUCCGGCAUUUUAAUUCCUCUGUGAUACCAUUUUGUAUUAUAAUCAUUUGUUUAAUCUACGGUGAAAUUAUACAUCCAUAUAUUACAUUGAAUGUAUGGAGAUUGCCUAAUAACAAACCAAACGAAGAUGAAGUAAGAAUUCUACUUGUAGCCGAUUCACACAUUGAAGGUUAUCAUUCAGCUCUAUGGAUUCUAAAUGAAAUAUUACAAGCUGACAGUGAUGAUUAUCUUCGAUUUUAUUACUCAAAAGCUGUACAACGAACAAAUUCUAAUGGUGUGAUCUUUUUAGGAGAUCUUUUGGAUACAGGAGACACGGCAGUCAAUACAGAUUUCAUACAUGCAACAUCACGUUUUCGAAAGAUAUUUCUUUAUGAGAAAGAUUUAUUUAUUAUUUUAACACCUGGAGAUAAUGAUAUCGGGGGUGAAGGAGUUCCUGUGACACAAAAUUUAUUCACUCGUUUCUUUGUUAAUCUACCUGUGAAACAUGAAAAUUACAAAUAUAAAUUUGUCAAUUUUUAUUCAGAUUAUAGGAGACCUAAAAUCACACCUGAAAUUUCAAAUGAAAAGUCUUUCGAUGAAAUUAAUGUCUAUGUCAGUCAUUUACCAGUUAUCUCACAUCAAUAUAUUCGAUUCCCUGUAACUUUGUUGAAAUCUAAUGCCUCGUUGAGUAUUCAUGGUCAUCUUCAUAGAAGUCAAAUUAUACAUUGGAAAAAUAUUAAAAAUUUAGAAAAUGCCCAAUCCAAUGUUACAUGGAUUCAAACUCCACAAUUUUCAAAUAUAUUACCACAGUCGAUCAGCUUCAAAUUGAAUGAUAAUUUAAAAUUUUUGAAAAUUAAAGAUCAAUUUACACAAAAAUAUCAAGUCAAAGUAUAUGGUGAAUUAAUUUCCAUCGGUGUACCAUCAUGUACUUAUCGUUCAGGUUAUCCUCAUUUGGCUGGAAUUGGUUUAUUACAAUUAUAUAGAAAUAAAUCUGUCGUUUAUACAGUACUCCCAUUACAUAAUCGUUAUUAUACAUUGUUUAUUUAUUGUUUCAUUAUUACUUCAUUGGUUGGAUUAAAGUUCAUUGUCUAUUGUACUAAUAUUUUAGUAAAUUUUAAAUGUUUACGAAAUAUUUUCUUUUUAAUUACAAUGAUUUUACUAUUCCUAGUGAUUUAUCAUGAAUUGGAAGUAUUUAUUCAAAUUGGAAAAUUAUUUUGA